AUGACGACCCUCCUCAAGCAACCCCUCAAGCUCGCUCUCAUACAGUUAGCAUCCGGAGCCGACAAAUCCGUAAACCUAAGCCAUGCGCGCGUCAAAGUCCUCGAAGCCGCCAAAGCAGGCGCCAAACUAAUCGUCCUUCCGGAAUGCUUCAACUCUCCCUACGGCACACAAUAUUUCCCCAAAUACGCCGAAACACUCCUCCCCUCGCCGCCCACAGAGGAUCAGUCCCCUUCCUACCAUGCGCUAUCCAAGCUAGCCGCAGAGGCGAAAUCAUACCUCGUCGGAGGAAGUAUUCCUGAGCUGGAACCAGAGACGAAGAAGUACUACAACACAUCACUCGUCUUCUCGCCUACAGGCGCGUUGAUCGGCACACAUCGCAAAACGCAUUUAUUCGACAUUGAUAUUCCAGGCAAGAUUACAUUCAAAGAGAGCGAAGUCCUCUCUCCAGGCAACAAGGUUACAAUACUCGACUUGCCGGAAUACGGCAAAAUCGGCCUAGCGAUCUGCUACGACGUACGGUUUCCCGAACUAGCUAUGGUAGCAGCUCGCAAGGGCGCAUUCAUCCUCGUUUAUCCCGGCGCAUUCAACACCACCACCGGACCCAUGCACUGGUCUCUUCUCGGACGGGCGCGCGCUAUCGACAACCAGGUAUACGUUGCCAUGUGCAGUCCAGCGCGGGACAUAAACGCCAGUUACCAUGCUUAUGGCCACACGUUCAUCGCUAGUCCUAAUGCAGAGGUUUUGGGAGAAUUGGACGAGAAGGAGGAUAUUGUCUAUGCUGAUUUGACGGGUGAGGCUAUUGAUUCUGCUCGGAAGGGCAUUCCGGUGUAUACACAGCGUCGGUUUGAUGUUUAUCCUGACCUCGACGACGACGACAACAAAAGACGACAGUCCGGCACAUCUACCAAAAUGUCGAGCACCACCAAGGGAAAGAAGAGCGGUCGUUCCGCCAUCGCCGACGUUGUGUCGCGCGAAUACACCAUCCACUUGCACAAGAGAGUGCACGGUGUCUCUUUCAAGAAGCGUGCUCCCCGCGCCGUCAAGGAGAUUCGCGCUUUCGCUACCCAGGCUAUGGGCACCAAAGACGUCCGCCUCGACCCCCAGUUGAACAAGAAGGUCUGGGAAGCCGGUAUCAAGGGUGUCCCCUUCCGUCUCCGUGUCCGCAUCAGCCGCAAGCGUAACGACGAGGAAGGCGCCAAGGAGAAGCUGUACAGCUACGUCCAGGCCGUCAAUGUCAAGGAGGCCAAGGGCCUUAACACCACUGUUGUCGAGGAUGCUUAA